AUGACUUCAGGUCAGCGUUUGAGAGAGUUAAUCAACAAGCGACUAACUGCUGCUGCUGAAGAAAUAUUCCGAGAUUUUCAAACAACUAUCUCAGAGUACGAAGAAGAGAUCAACCGUCAGCGCAGACUGCUGGAUAUCGUUUGGAAACCUGAAAUAAAGCUACACAGAAUAGAGCUCCCACAGCAACAUGUCUAUGAGGAGGAGGAGGUUCUCAUUGACCAGCAGCUCUGUGACCAGGAGAGGAACUCAAGUCUGGACCAAGAGGAACCAGAACCUCCACAGAUUGAAGAGGAACAGGAAGAGCCAGAACCUUCAGAAAUUAAAGAGCAACUCUGCACCAGUCUGGAAGGAGUUUUUCAAACAACUAUCUCAGAGUACGAAGAAGAGAUCAACCGUCAGCGCAGACUGCUGGAUAUCGUUUGGAAACCUGAAAUAAAGUUACACAGAAUAGAGCUCCCACAGCAACAUGUCUGUAAGGAGGAGGAGGUUCUCACUGACCAGCAGCUCUGUGACCAGGAGAGGAACUCAAGUCUGGACCAAGAGGAACCAGAGCCUCCACAGAUUGAAGAGGAACAAGAGGAACCAGAGCCAUCAGAGAUUAAAGAGGAACAAGAGGAACCAGAACCUCCACAGAUUGAAGAUGAACAAGUGGAACCAGAGCCUCCACAGAUUGAAGAGGAACAAGAGGAACCAGAGCCAUCAGAGAUUAAAGAGGAACAAGAGGAACCAGAGCCUCCACAGAUUAAAGAGGAACAAGAGGAACCAGAGCCUUCAGAGAUUAAAGAGGAACUCUGCACCAGUCUUGAGAUAGAACAGCAGGUACUGAAGGAGGAGACAGAAACCUUGAUGUUGACUCCUACUUGUGAGGAAAGUGAAGAUCAGACUCUGGACUUGAGUCCUGAUGAAACUCAGAUUGACAAGUCUACCACUUUAAAGAUUCACAAUAAUACUUUGACAGGGAAACAAUGUUUUGAAUGUGACACUUGUGGGAAAUCAUUUGUGGCCAAGGGCAGUUUGUGCAGACAUCUCAAAGUCCAUACAGGUGAGAAGCCGUAUACAUGUGACACCUGUGGGAAAAGAUUCUCUAAGCAGGGCACAUUAAAAGUGCACAUAAGAGUCCAUACAGGUGAGAAGCCGUACAAUUGCAAAACUUGUGGGGAGAAGUUCAGACAUACUCAGAUGUUGAAGAUUCACAUGAGAACACACACAGGUGAGAAGCCAUACCCAUGUAACACUUGUGGGAAAACGUUCACAUGUAUUAAGUACUUGAAGAAUCACAUGAGAACACACACAGGUGAGAAUCCGUAUCCAUGUAACACUUGUGAGAAAAAAUUCUCUGCGCUGUGCUUUUUAAAAGUGCACAUGAGAACACACACAGGUGAGAAACCGUAUCCAUGUAACACUUGUGAGAAAAAAUUCUCCACGCUGGGCAUAUUAAAUGUGCACAUGAGAACACACACAGGUGAGAAGCCGUAUCCAUGUAACACUUGUGAGAAAAGAUUCUCUAAGCAGAAAAGCUUAAAAGCGCACAUGAGAACACACACAGCUGAGAAGCCGUACAAUUGCAAAACUUGUGGGGAAAAGUUCACACAUACUCAGCACUUGACUAGACACAUGAGAACACACACAGGUGGGAAGCCGUAUCCAUGUAACACUUGUGAGAAAAAAUUCUCUAAGCCGAGCAUAUUAAAAGUGCACAUGAGAACACACACAGGUGAGAAGCCGUACCCAUGUAACACUUGUGAGAAAAGAUUCUCUCGGCUGUGCUUCUUAAAAGUGCACAUGAGAGUCCAUACAGGUGAGAAGCCGUAUCCAUGUGAUACCUGUGGGAAAAGAUUUCGUCUGCUGAACGAAUUAAAAGUACACAUGACUCUCCAUACAGGUGAGAAGCCGUACCCAUGUAACACUUGUGAGAAAAGAUUCUCUACGAUGAGCAAAUUAAAACUACACACGACUCUCCAUACAGGUGAGAAGCCGUACAAAUGCAAAACUUGUGGGAAAAAGUUCAGAUCUACUACGAACUUGAAGACUCACAUGAGAACACACACAGGUGAGAAGCCGUACAAAUGCAAAACUUGUGGGAAAAAGUUCAGAUGUACUAGUAACUUGAAGUCUCACAUGAGAACACACACAGGUGAGAAAGCGUACCCAUGUAACACUUGUGAAAAAAGAUUCUCUCUGCUGGGCACAUUAAAAGUGCACAUGAGAACACACACAGGUGAGAAGCCAUACAAUUGCAAAACUUGUGGGAAAAAGUUCAGAUAUACUCAGCUCUUGAACACACACAUGAGAACACACACAUGA